CAUACUGAGCGUCAUUCAGACAGCUGGGCUCUCCAUUCACCAGGUGAUCACACAGAUCUCAUAGUAUCUUGAUGAGGACAGUCAGCAUGUCAGGCUGUAAAUCUAUGAAAAUUGUCAAAAUAUUGUCUAUCAGGAUUAGAGGAAGAGUCAUCAAACUAUUCCAGCACUACAAAACCCCCUCCGACUCCCGAGACGUCUUACAGUCAGUCGUCGCUCACAAACAAAAGAGCAUAUCAAACAAGCACAACAACAUUAGGAGUACAGCUGUUGUUCCUGUAGCAGUUGACUGUUCAGGCCCAAUGGCUCUGCUCAAAUCUGGCUCGCUCUGGAGACAGUCUUCAAUUCUUAGACGCUGGAAGUUGAACUGGUGUGACCUGUGGAUAGAUGGGAGCUUUGUUUUUUACAAAACUCAAUCCAGAAGAGACUACGAGACCAAAGUGAAUCUGAAGGCCACCUGUGUGAAUGUGAAGUCUGGACUGGAGUGUCCAAAUGUAUGUCCACCUGAGAGUCACCCCAGAGAGAAUCUGCUGGUUGUUUAUCUGAAGCAUGGUAAUAUGCUGAUCCUGUGUGCCAACAGUGAAGAUGAGGCACUGGCCUGGAAACUCACACUCAUGGAGGCGAAAAGAAAUCCUGUUUUCACAUACAAUCCCUAUGACGAUACAUACCAAACUGUUCCAGUUGACAGUCAUAAUGCAGUUUACAUCAUGCCAAGUACAGGUAGUGGAGGGACUCAGCAUGUCUGGGUACACAGAGACACUUAUGGCGACAAUUUUGGAGAGCAGAUUGCUUUGGGCCUCCUGGCUGGAAUGGCUGCAGGUACAGCAAUGCGUUCUCUUCUAUGGAUGCCCUUCUGGUUCUGCUGAGGACCAGUCAGAUAGCAGGAUGAUCACUGGAAAUCCAGCAGACUGAGAGAACAGACUGGAAGCCAUCCAUAAAGCUCAGCCAUAACAAAUGCUCCUGUUCCUACGUACAUGUAAAUAUGAGAUUAGUUUUAAACUGUUUUAAACUCAAUGGGCAUUUAGUGGUUAAUCAGUGUGUAAAGGAGGGAUUCUUCUUUUUUCAUUGUUUACAUUUGUUUGGAAUAUCUAUAAAACUAUAUAAUAAUUAUGCACAGCUGAUGAUUGUUUUUUCUUGCUGCUAUGAUUCUGCUUUGUGUAUAUUGUACAUGUAAAGCUUUGGAAACUUGCUCAGGGUUUUGUCCAUUAUUAUGUUCUUUUUCUCAAGACACAAGUUCUCCUAUCAGUAUUUAUAAAAAGUUUAAAGAUUUUUCUAACGCCAAAACACUAAAGCCCCGAAUUCCUUAUGUUCCAUAGCAUGAGGUUUGGAAGUGAUCAUCAGACUGUUGAAUGCUCUUCAAAUGAGAAUCUUGCAGAACUCUUCUCGCAAAAGAAUAUGAUGCUGAAGUAGCCAACAAAGGCUGAAUAUGUUGAUCAAGCCUUUGAAAUACCUCAAUAAUAAAGGCAUGAUUAUGAAAUCAGUUCUCAUGACUGACCACUAGAUGCAGGCAGAGCAGCAUUUGCAUUUGGCCUGUUUACGCACUACUAUGCUACCUUGCCAGCAUAAGUUAUAAACUUAAUAUUGUUGUUGAAAAUAAAAUACUGCUAUUACAUACAGAAUUUAUUUUAGAUGGCAUUUAAUUUUUUUGUGUUUAAAAUUAAAACUCCUGACAUUUAACAAUGUCCUGAUUAACAGAGAAAGCUAAACAUAAUCCAUCAAGGGAAAAAAAAAAACCACUGUUGCUAAAUACAAGAUUUUAUUAGGGACGCCUCAAGAUUCUGCUCAAUGUUUUCAGUGCAAAUAAUGAGCAUUGGUGUCAAGCAGUGUUGCCAGACGAAACUGGUUAAAAUCCAUUUGAAAGGAGACCUUUUCAAGAAAACAAUCAAACAAAAUACAUAAAAUACACUAUAUCAUAAAAACAUUUAGAUCAGUCUGGGGACAAACUUAUCACUGUACAU